UCAUCAUCACCAACUCGCCUCCUUCGUCGUCAAGAAUGGCACGUGAAGACGGCAGGGCUGAGCAUUCCGGCUUGACAGAAGCCAACUUCGCCAACCUCUUCCGUGUCAUCGAUGCGGCCACCACUUCGCAGGAUGCUGCCUCCCCGUCGACGAAGCGCAAGAGGGCCAGCCAUGCGACAUCCAACGACGACGCUUCAAGGCCACGGACGAUGGGGAUAGCAGAGUGGGCCAAGGCGAGAGCGGAUCUGCAUCUGGACAAGAAGAGGAAUAUCGAGGCUGCUCAGAGGAGAAUGCCCGUCGUUCCCGCUUCUCCUUCGCCCUCACCAUCAACGUCCACCCUCGCAUCCACCUCUUAUGCUCCCUUUUCCAAGGCGAAGCUGCUCAGUCGAAUCGGAACCUUCACCCUUUCAACCUUCAAUGUCCGCACGGCUGCUCCUCGCGACUUGGUCCCUGCCAUCAUACAGUCUGCAGAACAGCGUAAAGCCCUCGAAGGGAGCAUUUCCGUCCUCACCCGCUGGCUCGAGCCUCUUGGCCCAGCGCUGCACGGCUGGCAGCACUUGGCUCCUCACCAGCUCGUCACGAGACGUUCACAAUCUGGGAAAUCACACGAGCAAGAGCGCGGAGCGAAGAACAAGAUCUACUGCCCUACAUGCGGCGCAACGCACACUUUCCCUGUUACUCCUGUCAGCAGCCUGGCAGAGCUCUUCGACCAGAUCCACCACCUCUCGACCGCCCAUGAAACCUGGUGCCCCUGGCGUCGUCGUUCCUGCGACCAGCGGCUGUACCAUAUCGGCGGCGAAAGCGGGAGCGGCCAUCGCAAUUUGGUGAUUGGAGCGCCCAGCAAAUACAAGGCGCGCAAGCGUUGCUUAGAGACUGUGAGGGAGAUUGAGGUGGCGAUGGGGGACGCGUCCAUAGAGGUGGUUGGGCUACCGGAUGAGGAACAGGGAGACAUUGACGCUGUCGUACAAGCGCUUGCCGCUCUAGCGCCCAAUGAGCACCUGCCGAACCGCUCAGCUGUCAUUCUAGCCAUCCUCGGAUGGGAAGCAGAUCCAGGCGGCAAGUUUAUCUCUUGCGGAAUGUGCGCGAGGAGGGUGAAUCUGGGGGUAGCGACGGGUACGAAGAUGAUCAAUGCCGUGAGGGAGCACCGCAGCUUCUCUCCGUGGGUGCAAGCUGAGGUGCAAGCGGGAUGUUAUCUUCCGGCUCUGCCUCUGAUGGGAGACGGUGACGGCGACGGUGAGGCUGCGUUGGUCCAAAGGCUGCAGGCUGUGUCCGCUGGUGGGGCGCAGACGUCGCAUCCUGGAUGGAGGUUGACUUUGAACAAGCUCCUUGACCACAAGCAGCGCACUGCGGCCACGACAGGAGAAGUCGACGUCAGCAUAGAUGGGGACGAAGAAGGAGGGGCGACCACCGUCGACACGGCUGCGUCAACUACCUCGAGCUUGACGAAAUCGUCGGCGCGAGGGCAAAAGACUUCAGACAUCCUUCGCACGGCAAGAAACAUGCUGUUCGGUGGUGGCAGCGGCAGUGACAGCGGGAUAGGCGGGAGGAAGGCGUAAAAGAAGCGGGCCGGGGGGCGGGAUCUGGAGAAGGAGGGAAGCGGCUGAAAGCAGUCCAUGUACACUACCAGCAUCACCAGCAUCGAGCAUCGAGCAUCGAGCAGACACAAUGUAAUGCCACUCACGUACGAGAU